AUGUACGCCCAGGGGCUGCUGGGGCUGGUGGUGCUGCUGGCCACCUCGCUGCCCUGUCUGCUGCCAGCUGCGCCUCCGGCCGCCCCCCUGGCCCUGCGGAGCAGUUUGGGUAGUCCUUCCUCGUGCCCACUGUCCCGGGCUGAGUCAGAGCUCAGGUGCCGUGUCCCAGGGGGAAAGCUGUGCAGUGGCAGAGGCAGAUGCGAUUGUGGAGUCUGCACCUGCCAAGUGACUGAAUCCGGCAAAUACUAUGGUCCGCUAUGUGAGUGCCAUGACUGGGUGUGUGAGAUCUAUGACGGGAAGACCUGUGCAGGCCAUGGGAAGUGUGACUGUGGGAAGUGCAAAUGUGAUGAAGGCUGGUAUGGUGAAGCUUGUCAGUAUCCAACUACUUGCAAUCUUACACGGAAGAAAAGCAAUGAAAUGUGUAAGAAUUCUCAAGAUAUCAUCUGUUCUGGUGCAGGCACAUGUCAGUGUGGCAGGUGUAAAUGUGUGAACUCAGAAGGGAAUGGACUGGUCUAUGGUAAAUUUUGUGAAUGUGAUGACAGAGAAUGCAUAGAUGAUGAAACAGAAGAGAUUUGCACAGGCCAUGGAAAGUGUUACUGUGGAAACUGCUACUGUGAGGCUGGUUGGCAUGGAGAUAAAUGUGAAUUCCAGUGUGACAUCACCCCUUGGGAGAUCAAGAAAAGAUGCACAUCUCCAGAUGGCAAAAUCUGCAGCAACAGAGGCACAUGUGUAUGUGGUGAAUGCACAUGCCAUGAUGUGGACCCAACUGGUGACUGGGGAGAUAUUCAUGGAGAUACUUGUGAGUGUGAUGAAAGAAACUGCAAAGCAGUGUAUGAUAGAUACUCUGAUGACUUCUGUUCAGGUCACGGACAAUGUAAUUGCGGAAGGUGCGACUGUAAAGAAGGAUGGACCGGGAAGAAGUGCGAACACUCACGAUCCUGUCCUUUGUCAAUUGAGGAAAGUGCUAAGAAAUGCCAAGGAAAUUCUAAUUUACUUUGCUCUGGAAGAGGGAAAUGUGAAUGUGGCCACUGCACUUGUUUCCCUCCAGGAGACAACAGAGUUCAUGGUAAAAACUGUGAAUGUGAUGAUCGACAGUGUGAAAAUGUGGAUGGCAACGUCUGUGGGGGCCAUGGUAUCUGCUCUUGUGGCCGAUGCAUUUGCAAUGACGGGUGGUUUGGAAAGUUGUGCCAACAUUCAAGAAAAUGCAACAUGACAGAAGAGGAGAGUAGAAGUCUUUGUGAAUCAGCGGAUGGCAUAUUAUGCUCAGGAAAGGGUUCCUGCCACUGUGGAAAGUGCAUCUGUUCACCACAGGAAUGGUACAUUUCGGGUGAUUUCUGUGAAUGUGAUGACAGAGACUGUGACAAACAUGAUGGUCUCAUUUGCACAGGCAAUGGUGUUUGUAGCUGUGGAAACUGUGAGUGCUGGGAAGGAUGGAAUGGAAAUGCUUGUGAAAUCUGGCUGGGGACAGAAUACCCUUAACAAAGGACAUUGAAGACUGGGGAAUUUGUUUGAUUUUUCUUUAGGCUGCUAGGACAUUUAAUUUCAGAAAUAGUGUGUGUGUGUAUGUGUGUGUGCAUGCGUGCGCGUGCUUGUAUAGGUGUGCAAAUACUCUGUUAACAGUCAUUUGAAGGCCUGCUCCUUAAGAAAUAUAUGACAAAACUAAAAAUGAUUUCACUUGGGAGCAGGACAAUCCAGGCCCUAAAAGCUGAAAUCGUAGAAUACGGCCCUGUGGAAGUUAUCCAUAGUUUUUCAGUGACUUCAGUGGGGCUGAGAUUACACACUUAAUGCCUGUUUCUUAAGCAAUCUUUGGGGAAAAAAUAUAAGAAAGCCUUUUUUUAUGUUAUUUACUUGCUUGUCAGAUCUCCACAUCAGUAUGUAACAGCAGAAGAGUAGAGCUAGUUGAAUAUUUCAUUUGAGCAAUUUUAUGGUGUUUGGCAAAUACGUUGUUUGACCGUGUUUCUUUCUAAUAAUCCCGACUCUGCCCCAGUUCCAAAAUCGAUAGAAGCUGCAAAAAGCUUACCAAAACUUUAAUGACUGGAUUUUUUUUCCAAAGAAUUGUAUUUGUAUAACUGAGGUCCAGUUACCUGACAACCACAGACUGAGGACCCAAUGUGUUUGAACAUACCCUUGUCCACAAGAGAACCUUUAAUUUCUGUGGUUAAAAUGACAAUAAGUUGGUUAUCUAUUCUACAUACUACAAUACUUUCAAAUGCAUAACCUAUAGAGUAUAAUGACUGAAAUAAAGAUAAAAAUGUAUGAUUUGCUAUUCUGAAUAUAUAUCCUACAGCUCAUGUACUUUUAUCAUACUGUUUUACAUGUGUACACUUGGCUAGUCCUCUUGAAAGUAAAACAAAGGAAAACUUGUUACACUAACACCUUUCAGAAUGACAAUUCUGUAUGCUAUUAGGAAUCUCUGUUUGGAACAGAUUGCACUUUCACACAUGGUAUUCAUUGAAUUUCAUUGUUUUCAUAGAAGUUGGGAGCCUGAAGGUCAACUAACCUGAAAAAUUAGUUAUGCUGUGCAGUACACUGGUCUCAGCCACAGAUCUUCAGAUGACAGCAACAGAGUAAUUAAAGUUUUAAUACAGUAAAUACAAACAAAGCAGUGGUAUGAACAAAAAUUUUAUUUUUUAUUUUCCAAUGGUGAAAUGCUGCUCAGUGUGAAAUUCACAUUGAGUUAUGAACAAUGCACAACUAUUGGGACUUCCCUAACUUAUUUACAUGUGAGUCUCCUUUUUUUAUACAUGUAGAUUUGGCAGCCCUUUAAUUCUUUAGAGCAAAAAAAUACAUACAUAUUUUUUUCAAAAGUCAUUACAUUUUGUGAAAUCAUGAUUGAUCAAGAAAUUGUUUAAAUGAUUGGAAAAUACUUGUUGUUAAUAUCAAACUGUAAUAUUGUGGUUUAGGUGAUAAGGUCCAGGUUUUUAAGAGAGGUACAUGACUCAGAAAUAAGGAAACUGUAUAUCAACUGAAAAAGGUAUUUCCAUUAUUCGUCUAGAAAUUUAUUUUCUUUUAGAAAGGACGCUUUUGAAAUAGGAAAAUACAAUGGUACAGAACAUGUAAUAAUUAGAAUGCAAAAAAAAUUAAAUGAAUUUAUAAGUCAUUUCGAAUAAUCACUUUUAUUUUUCCUCCUUCCCAUGUAGCUUGCUCUUUACCUUACCUGGUUUUUUUCUUAACUGAAUUCUUUCUUUCUAAAAAUGAAGCUUAUGAAACCCAUGUUCUCAGGGAGACACAGUAUAACCACCAAAUGCCUAUGCGUAACUUGCAGAGGAGUUAUGCACAUAAAUAAUGAGACAUAUAUAUCCCAAAGCUGCUAGUUGCUCUCUUUUUAGGUAAUCAAAACUCAGGCAGAGUUCUAAAAUGUAUUGACACAGUAUAAAGAAACUUAAAAGUAAAACACUUUUUGAAAUUAUAGUUUAUAUUUUCUAGUUAUAACCCUCAAACUAUGUAGAACUGAACAGGAAUACUUUCAUAUAUUUUAACGUAUAUGCAAUUUGUCAACCCUGGUGUCUGACUGGAGAGCACAGAAUAUUGGUCUUAUUUAUAUUUAUGAAUACUGUUGACCUGAGUCCUCCUAUAAUAACCAGUGUUUUUUGGCAUACACGUUCUGCUGAGUCAGAAUAUAAACACGGAAAGACACAAGGUUGUACUUGAUUUCCUUUCAUUUGCAUUUAGUACUGUAAAAGAGGAGAUAGUAGAUAACCAGUGCUCUUAUUUAGAUUCAGUAGAAACUUUUGACUUGUUUCCUGAUAUGACAAACAUUUAUAGAUACUGUAGAUCAGCCUUGGAAUUUCAGGUACUCCCAUUCAUAGACAAAAAAAAAAGAUCCUUUAGAGGGUUUCAGUGUUGUUUUUGAUGCAUUUUACUUUGUAAUUUGUUUCCCU